UUACCUUUUACUUUUUCCAUAAUAUUGAGUCCUUUGUACUAUCAAUAGUUUUGAAACAAUAUUAUUUCAGACAAUGAAGUGUGCAAUUUUACUCGUAUUUGUGGUGACAACAGCGAUAGCGGACGACUUCCAUGACGACUUGACAUCGUUUGAAAAAUUUAAGCAAGAGCACAAUAAACGCUACAAGUCAGCGGUAGAAGAGAUGCAUCGCUUGCAAAACUACGUCCACAACCAGAUGAAGAUAAUGGAACACAACCAUCGGUUCGAGCAAGGCCAGGUUUCCUACAAGCUCAAACUGAACCAGUACUCUGAUUUGGAUGAUGAAGAGUUUCAGCGAAACAUGUUUGGUGCUCUCCCCGAUAUCGAUGACGAUUUUUCACUAUAUGAUCCUGACUUCAACCUCCAUAUGUCAGCAUUUACGGACCUGCCCGAUUACGUGGACUGGCGGGAAAGGGGGGCAGUGACUGAGGUCAAGACGCAGGGAGAGUGCGGGUCAUGCUGGGCCUUCAGUGCCACAGGUGCUCUUGAAGGCCAAGUUUUCAUCAAGACAAACCGCUUGAUAUCACUAUCAGAGCAAAACCUGAUCGAUUGCACGGGCAACUACAAAUGUCACGGCUGCAGAAGUGGGUGGACGAAUAACGCCUUCCAGUAUAUCAAGGAUAAUGGCGGGAUUGAUACUGAAGCUUCAUAUCCGUAUGAAGGGAGGAAUGGUCAGUGCAGAUACAACCCCAAUAACGUAGGUACAACCAACAAAGGCUACGUAAAACUCCCGAGGGAUGAAGACAAGUUGAAAGAAGCAGUGGCAACUAUAGGCCCUAUAUCGGUGACCAUUAACUCCUUGCCGUCUAUCCGUCAUUACGAAGAUGGGGUGUACUAUGACGAGGAUUGCAGCCCUGACAAACAUGACCACGCGGUACUAGUUGUGGGAUACGGCACCGACGAAUACGGAGGUGACUAUUGGAUAGUGAAGAACUCUUGGGGCAAGAGCUGGGGUCGCCAUGGCUACGUCAAGAUGGCUCGGAACCGAGACAACAACUGCGGUAUAGCCAGCAAGGCUUCGUAUCCACUAGUCUGAUACCAAGAACGUCAGCCGACGUACAAAUGCAAGCGCCUAGCCAAGUCAGCAAAUUCCAAACGGAAGGAUAACAGUGUAGUCUCCUACCCCAACAUACCAGGUCUACCCAUGUGAAUUUAAACCUGGUGAAAAAGGAACCCACAAAUGUGUCGGAUGCAAGAUCUUACGUAACGUCCCUUUGGUGUAAUAGUUUCCUAUCAACGAUUGAAAUCACAGCUAGCUACAUAUUUUAGACGUUCAAAGAGUACUUUUAGAUGUUUCUCUGAUAUUUAGUUUUUCGGCAAUCCGAAAGUUUAUAAGUUAUUGAAUUGAAAUAAAGAAUAAUUGGGUGAAUUAAAUACUCAUACUAUUUUUCAAUAUA